AGGUUUCUGGUCUAAUUGAGGUGAAUAACAAUAUAGAUGGAAUAGCCCCCUGUGUAGUGAAGCUAAAGAUCUUUUAAAAUGAAUGUUCCUGCAUUAGAAUCUCCUAGUGUUGGAGAACAGGAAGCUGUUCCUGGCAGGAGGCAGGAACAGGCUUCACAUCCAGAACAGCAGAACCUUGCUCAUCACAGUUCUGCUGCUGUUCAGGAAGGAAAUGUUACUCCUGUGGGCGAGAACAAUGAACAAGUUACGCCAGUUGUUCCCAAGAACACAGGACGAGAUCUUCGUGCAGUUGUUGUCAACCGUGAAGUGGAAGAAAAGUUCCCGAUAAUGGAGGAACACAAGCAUUUUGCGACAAUACGGUACCAGUUUUCUGGUGUGGUGUUCAAGAACAGUUUUUAUCAUUGCAAGUUAUGUGGCUUCACUACAAAAUAUGACAAGAAAAUCCGUAUACAUUUCCGACAAGAGCAUCCCAAGUAUAAAGUGUACAAUUGUCUGAAGUGUACAUUCAAUACAUGCUUCAACAAGUCCAUAUGUAGACACGCAACAUCGCAACACACAGGGAAGAAGAAUGACAAGAGAUGGCUGAUGGACCAGAUGGAGAUCUUGGAAGACCCGCAAGAUUGUGAUGAAUUGCUUGCUAUUGACGACGACAUAGAGGGCGCUGAUUCAUCCAUGCAAGAGGAUGUAACAAUGAAUAAACUUGGGCAUAACAAUAGUGCAUUUGGUGGUGCUGAUGGUGGUGUGUUGCGGCAAGGAUAUAAUGCAUCAGAAGCAGGACAUAGUUCAUCAGGGGAAAGAUAUGGUGCAUCGGAAGCAAGAUAUGGUGCAUCGGAUGGAGCACACAGUUCAUUGAUGGAAGGAUAUGGUGCCUUCAGGAGAGAACCUGGUGCAUUGGAUGGAGAAAGCGGUGCAGCACUGAGAAGAAUCAUCAGCCAAGGACCAAGUGUUUCUCCGCUGAAUUCUACAUUAAGUUUUUUCAACGCCGGCGUGCAGAGUGAGAUGGCUCUGCGUCGCCACGGCUCGCAGCCACAGGGGAAGGAGAAACCGAAGCGACUGAAUAAACGCAUUGUUAUGGCCAUGCUUAGAGAGGUGCGCGCUUCGUGUCGCCCCGACGCCGCGCCAGGAAUCGUGGGCGUCGGAAUGGGCGGCACAAAGGAUCGCGUGGACGGCAAUAUGGACGGAGGAACAAAUAACAUGGGUGGUGAAAAAGACGCAACGGGUGCCAAGGACGACGGGAGUGGCAAGAUGGCCGACGCGGGCGACAAAAUGGCCGACGCGGGCGACAAGAUGGCCGACGCGAGCGACAAGAUGGCCGACGCGGGCGGCAAGAUGGACGAGGUAGACGACAAGUCUACAGUCAUGGACGCCUCAGAGAUGCUGUGCGUGGUCAUGGACGAGGGCGACUCUGCCGUCCACGUCAAGAAGGAGCUGGACGACACGUCUUCAUCGUCCCCUUGUGCUGGGGUCGCCGCCGAGGGGCGUGAGGGGGGAGAGUCCCCUCACGGACCCCCAAAUCCCUACACGAUCCCGGGAUAUUCCAAUCAAAACGAACCCCGCAAUCCCCCUGACGCCCCACAGGAGGGGUGCUCGGAUGCCCCCAUGGUUGGAGAAGCGUUUGAACAUUUCCUAGGGGAAGAUGAGGAUGAAGAUACCCCAGACAAUGGGGACAGGGAGUUAAAAUGUGCGUUUUGCAGCUUCAAGUGCGACAGAAUCACCCGUCUCAAGUCACACUACGGCUCAGAACAUCCCGAUAAAGGUUUGCACUGUUGCCCAGAGUGCAGAUAUGUUGCUCUACAUUCCUUUAACCUCAAGCGCCACAUUAUCAGCAAACAUUCUAGCAUGAAGCCGUACAAGUGUCCUGAAUGUUCGUUCUCCGCCUACACCGCCGCCAAGCUCAUGGAACAUGACAAGAGUGUUCAUGAAGGAAGAAACCCGCCACAUUGUACCAUCUGCAACUAUGUUGCUAGCUCCCAGCGUGACCUGAACAUGCACACUAAGCGUGAACAUGCACAGCAGGUUGAGUAUGAGUGCACUCAGUGUGAGUUCUCUACCAUGCAGAGGUGGAGGUACUUGAGGCACAUGCGUACUCACCGAUCUAAAGUACAGUACCAAUGUCGCCAGUGUCCGUACUCAGCGUUCGCUCCUAUGCCCUUCAGAAGUCAUUUAAUCACGCAACAUUCAGUGGAGGAUUUACCAGAGUCCCUCAAGGAAUAUUUGGUACCAGCUCCCUUCAAAACCAUCGCUGACAAAGAUCUCCUGCGUAAAGUCCUCGCAAAAAAACACAGGAUCUACAAGUGCAAAGAAUGUGGGUUCACUGCUCGCCGCAAAGACGCGCUAGCACAACACAUUGCCCGUAAACACAGAGAAAAACAACACAAAUGUACACAAUGUGGUUUCAUGGCAGCUACUCAAUACGAUUUAAAGAUACAUAAGGUGCACAAACAUUCGUCGGUCGCCGCCUUCAAGUGCCAACAUUGCGAUUUUUCGACGAAUCAAAAGCAGGCUUUGGAGAACCACAGCGCCAGGAAACAUUUAGCUGUAAAGCCUUUCCAGUGCUCGAAAUGUGAGCUCGCUUUCGGAGUUCAAGUUGAUUUGGUGAAACAUUUCCAACGUAAACACGUGGCUGAGUUGCAGUUGAAGUGCUCUGAAUGCGAGUUCACGACGCACGACAGCGUGUCGCUCAACAGGCAUUACAAGAACAUGCACAUCAAGAAGAAACCUUUCAAGUGCGAACUCUGCGACUACGCGGGUGCCUUGAAAAAAGAUCUUCAGGUGCAUAUUAAGAGGAACCAUGACGAAUCUAAGCGCAUCUUCUGUCAGUACUGCGAAUAUUCGACGUGUAACAAACAGGUUAUGCACAGUCACUGCCGACGAAGACAUGACAGAGAGAAGUCGUUUAGAUGCGACGUGUGUAGUUAUACGGGCGCUACUAAAGACGAUGUAGCACGUCACGUUACUAGGAACCACGCCGGGGAGAAACCCACGUUCGAGUGCCCCAAAUGUGACUUUGUGUCGCGUUGCGAGAAGUAUUUCAAUGUGCAUUUCUUCGAGAAACAUUCCAGGGAUAAACCUUUUAUCUGCAGCGCAUGUAACUUUAGUUCUUCGCUGGGGGAGGAGCUUAAGAAACAUGUUGAGGAAGUGCACCCGGGGGCUGGGGUUCAACCGGGCAACCCCGGUUCAUCAAUGGUACACCCCGGGUCUAGGGUGCUGCCUAGUUCAAGGGUUCAACAGAUUUCAAGUGUUCAACCGGGUUCUCUGGUUCAACCAAGUUCAUCGGUUCAACCCGGGCCUAGUGGACACCCGUCUUUACCCGCGCCCCCCGGUUCGGUUUUGCUCCCCCCAACCGGACCCCCCGGACCCCUGUCCCCUCCCCCCGUGUAUGUAUCGACGCAACUGGGUGAAGGGGGUGCUGGGGGAAUGGCUGGGGCUUGUCCUGGGGAAGUAGAGGGGGUUUUUCCUGAUGGUGGAUGCUGGGGGAGUAGCGGGGGUUGUCUGGGAGAGUUGCCCAAGUCUGCUGCUCGACGGCGCCCCCGCAAAUGCGGCGGCUCCGGGGGAGCAAAGGAGGAGGGAGCGGAGGUUCCGGGAUGUCGGCGAAGGAUGGGAACGAGGAAAGCCGCAGUCGCUCUAGUGGAGUCAGAGGGGUGA